AUGAAAACUUUAAUAUUUUGGUUCUUCUUGCUCGUUGUCUGUUCCUACUGUAAUCGUGAUUUUAAGUCUCUUGGCCGACAUCAAUGGCGCUGUAAAGAACGGCUUCGUGAGAAUGUGAACGAAAGGAACGAAGGCCCAACACUUGUCACAAACAAUCAUGAUUUGACUCAAAGUACUGCUGAGAUGGAUGAUGCUGCGUUGAGAAACCAAGGUCGUAUUUCAAACGUCGACUAUGUUAAAUGUUGUUGCGGCAAGAAAUGUAAAGGUUUGCGAGGCUUGAAGGGUCAUCAAAGAUCAUGUCGCUUCAUCAAAGGUAUGUGCUCUGAUUUGCUAUUGCCACAUGAGGGAGAAAUCACAAACGAACACGAUCAAAUAAGUGAUGUUGACGAAGAUAUAUUUAAUGGCACGCCUAUUUUAAAGCCGGGCGUUAAACUUCCAAAAACUGAACAUGAAUGGAAGGAGGCGGAUCUUUAUUUUAGAGCCGAGCUGCCUAUAUUCGAGGUUAGCGAAUGUUCAGUGAACGAUUGUGUUGACAAAAUGACGAAUUUGGUAUAUGAUUACUUUGUAGAAAAUUUCGGUACGGUGAACAACUGCAAGGAUUGCAACUCUGAAUAUCAUACUAAGUAUGCUAGUUACUCAAAACAAGAGCUAAAACGAGAACUGAAAGCAUUAAAACGCCAGUCACCUGUUGAUGUAGAGAAUAUUCAGUAUGUGUCAAGAUUACUAAGGAAAUUAACUCAGAAUAAAGGCCAUGAUAAUGCUAAAUCUAUUAAUCACGACGAGGAAAUCAAGAAAAAUUUCUGGGCUUAUGCCAAAUCGCAUUUGGAUAGCGCUGACUAUCUGAUACCAACGUUCGAUUUGGCAACUUGCACUAAUUACUUUAAAAACAUUUGGAUGAACGCAUGUCCAUCUCAUGUUUUUUCCCUACCAAAUUGGUUACCGAGACUUUCAGCACCUGUACACGAAUUUAAUUAUAUACCUCCAACUUAUGCUAAAAUUACGGCUAUCAUCAAAAGAAUGAAAACAGGUAGCUCUGCGUGCCCGCUUGAUCAGCUCUCAAUUAUUCCCUUUAAAAAAUCUGCAUACCUUAGAUCUUACUUGACAACAAUCAUUCAAAUG